UGCGCAUAACCGCGUCAGGACACCUGCUCCGCUGUUUGACAGAAUCUCAACUCUUCCCGCCAGAUUAGAUCUGGAACAUUUGUAACAAUUACCGUUCUAAGCAAUUACGUCAAGUAUAUGAUCAAAUAACGAUUACAAAACUAUUUUAGAGCCAUUCUGCUGCCGCACUGUAAAGAAAUUCGUUGGUGACAGUGGGCGGAGCUUUUCCUCUGUCAGACUGAGGGAAAUCGCAUGGGGCAGGAGCAGAAGCAUGGUAAACAGAGUAAGGAGGAGGGUAAAGUUAAACUGCUGGUGGUUACGCAUCAUGGAGAGCACCUUUGCGCACUGACUCAUGAACUACUGACAUGGAGUGAAGCGUUUUGCGCACCGGUCAGGAAGGAUGCCCGAGCGAAGAUGUGCUCCAGCCGGAAGAUCAUCUGGAGUUUGUUGGUUCUGUCGGUGCUGGAGAUAGGGCUCGGGGUGUCCAGCAUCGCCCUGGGCGCGGUGGGCAUCUGCCGGGCGAAAGCGGAGCACAAGACCCAGCAGGGCGACGCUUCUCCGGUAUGGAGCGGAGUGUGUUUUCUUAUCUGUGGACUGUGUGGCAUGCUGUGUGCACGGAAAAGGACAGGACUGAUUAUGAUAUUAUUUUCCUCCUGCUGCAUUUGUGGGUUAAUCAGUGGAAUCCUGAACUUCCAGUUUGUCCGUGCGCUGGUCAAGCGUCCCGAUGCCAUGCGCUCUCUUCAUUUAGCCGUCAUGUCUCUAGCAUGUCUGGGCAUCAGCAGCUGCACGCUGUCCACAUGGCUGACCUGCAGACUGGCCAGCAGCGAACAGCAGCGCAUGUUUCUGGAGAGAGAACAUUCACUCCAUCACUCGCACGAAAUGGCAGAGAAGGUAUGCCAGGAGCUGGAGGUUUUGGAUAACACCAGCAAUGGCAUCUCUCAAAUCUCCUACAACGGACGGAAUGUUUCGCCGUGACAGCUCGCUGCCCACUCGCUCUUAACAGCACAGUUCUUCCACCUGAUUGGCUCAGUCAGACUGACAGUUCUUUACUCUGAUUGGCUGAGUCGAGUUGACAGUAGAAGCACAGAUGGUGUUCACAGGACAUCCUUUAGACAGAGCGUCAGAUAACAGUAUUGAGCAGACAGACAGCCAAUCAGUGUCCAGUUACCUGAUGACCUCAGGAGAGGUCAGAGCUGAUGACCUUGAUGACCAGCAUAGAGAAAACAGACAUUUGAGUAAGAAAAAGCAUGCAAACGAUCUUCUCUCUCUUUCUGUAUCUCUUUCUCUCUCCCUGUAUCUAGAUAAAGGGAAUGUUGAAUCUGAAAUUGUAAUCCUGAUAUUGUAUGGUAUACUGAAUGCUUUUAUCCUGAUCGUAUAAAUGCACACUGUAAAAUGCCUGUAAAAUAUUUAUUAAUUUACAGUAUUUUUAUAU